GCGCAAAGUUGUCAUUUUUAUUGUUCCCCUCUGCUUCCAACCCUUUGGAUUUUUAGAGGCUCUCUCCAAAAGACACAGUCUUUUUAUUUUCUCUCUUUUCCCUUUCAAUUCGGGGAAUGUUUCUUUGUUUUCUAGGGUUUUGAAAUCUCUCCAGAAGAACACAAAACCUAAAAUGGGUCCUCUUGUCGGAGAGACCGACCUCUCUAAAGCACUCCUCGAGGCUGCAGACAAUCUCGUUAAGCCUCAUUCCUCAACUGAUGCGACUCUCCGUCUUCUCGAUAAUGUUGAGUCUCUGCUCGCCACUGUCGAGCAAGAUGUUACUGAAUCAUUACUAAAUGACCUAAAACCAUCCAUGGCGGCUUUGGUAUCUGCUGAUCUCUUGAGAAACCCUGAUUCUGAUGUUAGGGUUUCUGUUGUCUCUUGCUUGACUGAAAUUAUGAGGAUUACUGCUCCAGAUGCCCCUUAUGACGAUGACCAGAUGAAGGAUAUUUUCGAGGUGACAAUAGAAGCAUUUGAUAAACUAGCUGAUGCUACCAGUCGCAGUUACAGGAAAGCGGAGGUUGUUCUUGAGACUGUUGCAAAGGUCAGAUCUUCCUUAGUUAUGUUGGACUUGGAGUGCGAUGAUCUUGUCCUAGAUAUGUUUCGACGUUUCCUGAAAAUUAUAAGGCUGGGUCAUCCUCUACUGGUGCUUCUCUCAAUGGAAACAAUUAUGAUCACAGUUAUAGAUGAAAGUGAAGAAGUACCCAUGGAUUUGCUCGAGGUUCUCUUAAAUUCUGUCAAAAAGGAAAGCCUGGAUGUCUCACCAGCGGCUUCCACGCUUGUGGAGAAGGUUCUUAGUAGUUGUGCCCGUAAGCUUCAGCCUUGCAUCAUGGAAGCUUUGAAGUCCACAGGGACCAGCUUGGACAUGUAUUCUCCAGUAGUUUCAUUAAUAUGCCAAAACGAAUCUGCCAUUACUCAAGGGCACAGUGAUGUUAAGGGCAAAGAAAAUGAGGCAGAUGAAAAGAUAUCAGAAGAACAAGUAGUUCCAAGUGAUUCAUUAGAGGUCAAAUUGAAUUUGGGGAUUUCUCGCAAGGGAAAUAGAUCCAAGAGAACUGCUAGAGGUGGAACUCGUCGGGCCAAUGGAGACGACAAAGUAGUAACUGGAAAUGAAGGGUCCGAAAUUACAGAUGCAGAGACUGCAUCAGGGUCUGGAAGGAAGAGAGGGCGGAAACCCAAUUCUCUGAUGAAUCCUGAGGAAGGCUAUUCAUUUAAGAAGACGUCUUCAAGCAAGAAGGUGCAGGAAAAAAAACUCAAGGAUUCAUCACUUGCGAAGGUGGCUGCCAAGAAAGCAUCUUCACCUACUAAAGUUGGUCAAACAAAUCAGACGGGGUCGCGUAAACGAAGCCGAACAAAGAUGGAAGAGACAAAUCAUGAUGUAGAUUCCUUAGCUACACCACCAUCAAAGAAACAGAUUGUGAAGAAAGAUAAUCCUGAAGAAGAAGAUUUGAUGGAAUCUGACCUUGAAAAACCUGAAGAUCGCAUUAAGUCUGGUAGGUCAAGUAAAAAGGAGAAAGCACAGAAUGGUUUAGCAAAAACAUCUGCAAAGAAGCCUCUUGCAGACACUAAGAUGGUAAAGCACAGUGGCAAAAACUCAGUCCUUUCAGAUGCUAAGAAGAAGACUUCAAAAGGUGCAAGCAUGAAUAAAUCAGUCAGUUCAGAUGCUAAGAAAAAGACUUCAGAAGGUGCAAGCAUGAAAAAAUCAGUCCAUUCAGAUUCUAAGAAAAAAAAUUCAGAAGGUGCAAGCAUGGAUACGCCUGUACCCCGAUCAUCAAAGAGCAAGAAGGAUUCUUGUGCAACGACGCCUUUUACCAAAAAAUCUGAACAAACUCCUAAGAGCCAUCUCAAGAGGAAACAGACAGCAGGAGGAGUGGAGCCCGAUACAAAUGAGCUUGGUGAGGAAAUGGUUAAUAAGAAAGUUAAUGUCUGGUGGCCACUCGACAAGGCAUUUUAUGAAGGUGUGAUAAGUUCCUAUUGUAGUCUUAAGAAGAUGCAUCAAGUGAAAUAUUUAGAUGGGGAUGUAGAAGAGCUUAAUCUCAAAGUGGAACGUUAUGAGAUAAUCCAGGAUAUUGAUGAGGAGUCUACUCCUUUAAUUAAAAUUAUACAAAGGCAGAAAGCCAAGAAGAGCAAAAAUGUGUCGAAGAAUGUGGAACCAAAUAGUUCUCCAGAAGUCGGAUCCUCUACGCAAAAGAUGAAGAUGAAGAUGAAAGACUCGGUAACAGACUCCACUAAGCAAGCGAAAAGAACCAAAGGUGCACUUGAGGCUGUAAGCAAUGAACCAGAAAGCACUGAAGGGAACUGUAAAUCCUUGAAAGACCUGAAUGGUGAACCUGAUAGAACAAAAAGCAGGACUGGCAAAAAGCAGAAGGUGACUCGAGCUAUGCACCCGGAGAGUGAAAAAGAUUGUGAUGAUAAGGAAGACCCCAAAACUAAAGGUGAAGACAGUCUGAAAUUGGGGGAAGAAUCAGAUGCAGAGCCUGAUGCUAUGGAAGAACACCAACAACUGCCUGAGAUUCAAAAUGCAGAAACCAAAACUGAUGGAGAAGAGGAAAGAUCUGCAAAAGAGCCAAAUGAGGAACCUGACACUGAUGGAAAAGAGGGUAACUCGCUGAAGGAGCCAAAUGCAGAGCCCAAAACUAAUGGAGAAGAGCAGGAGGCAGCAAAAGAGCCAAUUGCGGAAACCAAAACUGAUGGGGAAGAGCACAAGGUAGCAAAAGAGACAAAUGCAGAACUUGAAACUGAUGAGAAAGAGCAAGAGUCAGUGAAAGAGACGCCUGUUGAACCCACAACUGAGGGAGAAGAGCAAAUGUCAGUGAAAGAGCCAAAUGCAGAGCCUGAAACCAAGGUAGAAGAGAAAGAGUCAGCAGAAGAGCAAACUGCAGGUACACAAUUGAUUGAGAACGAGGAUAUGUCUGAGGCAAAGGGACAAGAGGUUGAUAAAGAAACAGAUAGAAGCAUGCCUGAGACUGGUAAAGUAGAAAAUGAAGCUGAAGAAGAUGAUCAGAGAGUGACUAAGGAACUGGAAGCAGAGUCUGAUAAGGCAGAAGUGAGUACAACCGUGCUUCAGGUUGAUCCAUGAAUCAAGCAUGGUUAGGUAAAUGGUAUAAUUCAGGAAAAAAAAAUUGGUUCUGGUGGUUUAGGUAACAACUUUUGUGUUAAUUAAAAGCUUUGCUUGUUUAGAGACGAAUGGUGGUGUUCUUGUUAGUAGAUUCUUCUGACCUAUGUCCUGUUAUGGAACUAGUUUGAUCUUAUGUCACCUGGCUAGGAGCAUAUAUAUUUAUAUUUAUAUGUUUAGAGACA